CUCCUUAGUGACAAAAUGGCACAGAAUGUGACGGGAAAUGGACGUGACACGCUCGCUUCGAUAUUUAAGCAAUUAUUAAAAGCUUAUGAAUAUCUAGAGUCGUCUGACCUAGCCACAUCAGACCCUGGAUACCAGCAAAAGGUGGCCCAAUGUAUUCCAGAAGCUGAAAAAGCCGUCCACAAGGUGAACCUCCUGCAUUUAUUCAGUGAUAAUGAAGAUAUUGAUGAAGUUACAACAAGCAGUCUAAAGUUUAUCUUACUGCCAGCUUUGCUUGGUUAUUUCACAAUGAAACAAGUUGAAGGAGAACGUUCAGAAAUUGUCCAGAAAGGAAAAGCUUACUUUAAAGAUUUUAUGAGACUUUGCUCUCUCUAUAAAUUAACUUAUGUCAAACUGGAUCAGAAUGAUGAGGAAGACGAAGAAGGGCCCAGUUCAAAAGUUAGCAAUAGUAAUAAAAGCAGAGAAUCAAAUUUACAAGAAAUGGCAAACCAAAGACAAAGUAAAAUUGAAAGAUAUAAAGAACAAAAGAAAAUAAUAGCUGAAUUAAAGGAACUUCGAACUCAUGUGGAAAAGAGUCAUGUUGAAGAAGAAGUUGAGAGAAAGUAUUACAUGUUGCUACUCAAACACUGGAUCAACACAGUUAUUGAUGAAUAUGAAAAUAUAAAAUUUGAACUUCAAAUCUUGGAACAAAGGCCUAACAUGGCACACAGUCAUCAGCGCCAACCAAAAGAACCAUCUCCGAAAAAGUCAUUCCGGCCCUUCAUUAUAACAAAAGAUCAACUCCAAAAGAAAGUUCUAGGGGCUGGUUAUCCUAGUUUGCCUACCUUAACCAUUGAAGAAUUCUAUGAUCAAAAAAUCAAGGAAGGAACAUUACAAUUACCAACUGGUCAGAGUCUACACGACUGGGCUGUAGAACCAGAGAAGACAGCAAAUGCUGCUGAGAAUAAAGAGGCUGAAGAUGACGAGAAAGCAGAUGCAGAUGAUCCGGAAGUUUUAGCAAAAGCACGGGCUUGGGAUGAUUGGAAAGAUGAUAUUCGUCGUGGUGAUGGAAACAGAAAUAACAUGGGAUGAUAUGAACUUUACACUGAUUCAACAAAUUGUAACUCCACAGAAAUGAAAAGAAAAAUGAAUUUGAAAUCUUUUAAAUGUGCUGGUUUUGUAAAUCAACUGUAAUAAUAAUAAUAAUUAGUAUCACUAAAUAAUUUACUAAAUUAUUUUAUUGAAAUACCCCACUGCCAUUCCUUUUCUUUUUUUCUUCCUUUUCCCUGAGUAAAUUAAUUACUCAUAAGACAUUAUUUUGUAUUAAUGUUUUAUCUGAAAUAAAAACUGUAUACAGGACAUUUGAUUAUGUAUAAAAUUAAA